AUGGUACCACGCGCCGAGCUCCUCCUGUGGGUAAACCUUCAUCUGGUCUCAAUUAUCGCGGAGACUUUCAUAUACGGAAUAUACUCCGUGCUUUUCUUCUUGAGCCUGAUCAAACUCAUUCGCAGUGGCCCUGGAGGCCCCGGGAAUAAUCUUCGCUCUUUGAUCUUCCCCUCCGCGAUUCUCAUGUUCUGCAUUGCUACGUCGCAUUUCGUCCUGCUACUGCAGCAAAAUAUGUCCUCAAACGAGCUGGAUCAAGGAGCAGCGACACUCGGAAGCGGAUUCUUGCCCUGGUACGGAUAUACCGAGGCUUCCCUGGAGAUUGCCAAUUGCCUUAUAGGAGACAUCGUGAUGAUAUCGAUUGCUAUCACGCUCGGGGACCGUCCCAGUCGAUCCCACUCAUCCACCGGUUCCCGCCUCAAGCUCUACGCCGUUCCCGCCGUGCUCCUCACUGCUUCCCUGAUCGCUGGUAUGGGUACGGUGCUGUCUUCAGCUGGUGUGGACAUUCUAUCGAAUGCGACGAACCCACACUUACGAGGCUUCACAAUCGCUUGGAUGGCUCUCAUCCUUGCUACUAAUCUCGUGUCAACAUCGCUCUUCAUCUACGAGAUUUCAUCUCGUCGGAGGGAGUACAAAGAAAGGAUGUUGGCAAGCUCCGAUAAACCCUUCAACGCGCUACUCUUCACAUUGACUUGCUGCGGCCUGCUUUAUUGCUGCACUUUUGCCAUCCUCCUGGUGCUCUUCCUGACGGAUAUCAAGGCCUGCUGGGUCAUGAAUCAUAUGAUCCCCCAACUAGCCGGCAUAUAUCCAAUAUCCACUAUUGUGGUCGUUGCGGUCCGAAAGUUUGGUGCAUCCCAAGCGCGCCCAAUCUUGCCCGCGCACUCUCGUCAGCUGAGCGAUAUGUCUUUUCGAAGCACUCGCGGGAUAGGAUUCGCUUCACCUAUGUCUGCAUCUUCCCUCCCCAACGCGAGCAGAAGCACCAUACCUUCAAGCCCUAUAAUACCGCCUGCCUCUCCGACCAAUCUGUCGGGGAGCACAUCGCGUCUUAGUAGAAAGCUCGUCAAGCUCCGGAGAUUCUCGCGCAAAGGUCCGAGGUUCGCCGUAGCACCGCGCCCCACCGGCAUGCUUAUCAAAGUGCACCAAACCGUACAACAUACUUUCGACGAUCUAUCCAUCUCGCGGACCUUCGUCUCGUCAAUGACUGGGGUGUUUCCAUCAACUCUCCCCGAACACAGACUUACGAGCUCCAUCGCCCGACCAAGGACAACAAUCAACCUGUUCUCCCCAGGAUCAUCAUGCGUCAAAGUUGGUGCACAUACGCCUGCGGAGGUGGCUCGUGGAUCGCAGAGUGAUGGUUAUGAGUCGGAGGAUGGACAUGGACUCGUCGUGGGGUCCGGGUCCAAUCUCGGGAACACGAAUGGGUCAACGACGACUGUGAGCGAGUUGGUUGUGGAUAGUGAACUACCAUCUUCUGUACCUUAG